AUGUCUGAGAAGAGCACCAAAUUCGCGGGGGUCGACGAGCAGAUCGAGAAGGUCGAUACCGUACAAGACCCACAUUCUCAGAUCGAAGAAUUGUCAGGAAUUGAAGCCACUGCUGCAUCCAAGGCUGCAUGGCUGAUUUCCAUCACAGUUUCCCUUGGUGGUCUCUUAUUCGGUUAUGAUACCGGAUACAUUUCUGCUGUCCUUGUCACCAUUGGUACUUCACUCGGCCAUGAACUCAGCUCCUCUGAACAAGAACUUGUCACUUCUUUGACUUCUGGAGGAGCCCUUGUCGGUGCUGUUUUCGCUGGUCUUAUGGCUGACAAGUAUGGCCGGAAGCUUCCUAUCUGGCUUGCAUGCAUUGUCUUCGUCAUCGGAACUGUACUGCAAACUGCGGCAUACCACCUACCUCAAUUCGCCGUCGGACGAUUUGUUGUUGGCCUCGGUGUCGGCAGCGCAGCCAUGAUCGUGCCCCUUUACAUUUCCGAACUUGCCCCAGCAAAAUAUCGUGGACGCAUGGUCGCCUUCAACAACAUGUCCGUGACCUUCGGUCAGUUCUUAGCUUCCUCGAUCGGCGCUGGGUUUGCCCAAGUAGGCAAUCCAGAGACUUCACAGGCAUGGCGAGCAACUGUAGGCAUUGGUGCCGCUCCUGCUAUCCUACUUGCCGGACUGCUAUUCCUUUGCCCCGAGUCGCCACGACAGCUCGUCUCACAUGGAAAGGUUGAUGAAGCCGAGACGGUCCUGAUGAGAAUCUAUCCAACAUCCACACAUGAGCAACGUCGGGCCAAGAUCGCCAGUAUCGAAAUCAGCAUCAGUGAAGCCACUCAGACCAUGGUGGACGAUUCAAUCAUCAAGACUCUUGGGCGCAUCUUUACCAACGCAGCCACGGGCCGUGCUGUUCUCACUGCAUGCAUCAUCAUGGCCAUCUCUCAACUAUCAGAGCAAUUAGGCUUUAAUACGCUGAUGUAUUACUCUGCAACUCUCUUCAAGAUUGUUGGCUUCAACAACGCCACUGCGGUCGCCAUCACUGUCUCGGCCACCAAUUUCGUAUUCUCUUUCGUCAAUCUUGUCAUCGUUGACAAGUUUGGCCGUCGUCGCAUUCUUCUCGUCACUAUUGCUGGCAUGGUCGUUUGCUUGGUCAUUGCUGCCGUCUCAUUCGCCUACAUUCCCAUCGACAGGCACACACUUGAAGUUCAAUCGGAUACCGUCGGCUGGCCCGGAAUCGUCGUUAUCGUCACCAUCAUCUGCUUUGUUGCUUGCUACUCCAGCGGUGUGGCCACUAUCGCUUGGAUUGGCACCGAGCUUAUCCCCAUGGAAGUCCGCGCUGUUGGCACUAUGCUUAACACUGUCACUUGCUGGUCCACAAACAUCAUCAUUGCUUCGACUUUCCUGAGCAUGAUGAAAGGCAUUUCACCGAGCGGUGCUUUUGGCUUUUACAGUGCCAUAUGCUUCAUAGGAUGGGUUUUCGUGUUCUUCUGCUUCCCCGAGGCCAAGGGCAUGCCGCUUGAGGCAAUCCGUGAGGUCUUCGCACAUGGAUUUGGAGUUGGAUAUGCACGAAAGUGGCAGAAGGAGAACAAGGCAUUCGCUAAGAUGAAUACCCAGCAGAGUUUUGCUCAUUGAGCAGACAGCACAAGAGUGCCUAGAUCGCGUGCGGGGUCAAGGCUGACUAGACAUGGUGGACAUUGCUACUCGGAAACGGGUUCAUUGCUCCAAGGGGGGUUCUUUGUACAUCAUUCAGGGUUUAACAACUUUGUGAGGUCU